AAGAAAACAAAAUGCUAAAUUGGGUCAACUGCCACAGCCGGUAACAGCAGUUGCAUAACCGGCUGUCCCGGUUUUCAUCUCCCCCAAAUUUAUCUCUUAUCCUCUUUCAUCUUCUUCACUUUUUUCUCUGCUGCAAUUUUUCCGAGCUAUGGAAAUGUCAGAUAGUAAUGAAGGAGAGGAGAUUGUUCGAAAAGGAAACGAAUGGGAAGUUGUAGUACUCACAGAAUCUACUUAUGCUGCUGCUCCUAAUCCGAAACAGGACGUUCGAGAUACGAUUCAAAGCAAUUUAAUCGGGGAAGAUAAUGCCGACUCUGCUCCCCCUGCAAUGUUCAUGUCUGGUCACUUUAAACUUUCACCAAGUACAGAUAAGAACUUGCAAGUGGAACCCGUCUACGAGGAGAAUAUGGGGCAGCAAAGUGGUAAUCCCGAUUUAAAGCACGAAGAAGAUUUGCAUAUCAAAGGACUGAUUUCCGAUGAAUUUACUGGAGUUCCUCAAUUUGAUGAAAAGGGCAACACCAUGUCAUUCUUUAGUUCCGACUUUGGGGAUAUUGCAUCGUCAAAUUUGAUAGAGAAAGAGCAGAGCAUGUACAGUACUCGGACGGUUGUUUCUUGUGACGAUGAAGCUAAUGAGGGCACUGAGAUUGAUGACCCGUUUGAAUCUCCGGACCAGUCUGUGAAUCCAGGCAUAUCGAAUGUGCAGAAACGUAUUGAAGAAGAUAAGUCGAACGAAUCGCCUAAUCUACCUUGGUGGAGAAAGCAUGGUGCUUCGUUAUACGGCCAUGUGAAAAAUGUGAAUCCGUUUUGGCCUUACUUUGUUGCCGCCACAGUUGUUGUGGGGUUUGUGAUUAUCGGUCGUAGAUGGCAGAGGGAUAAGCCGCCGGUUUUUCGGAUCAAGCCUUUGUUGGUUAUUGCCGAUGAGGGGUCUGGUUGGGUUAUCGGUCCUUUGUCAAGACUUAAGUAUGUCUCUUCGGGUGGUCAUCGACACAGUUCGUACAGCAGAAUGAGCUCCUCGACAGAACUUUGAACGAUGAAGGGAAGAAAUACGACAUUCAAAGUUAGCUCGUGUAAGAAAAAAACCGCGUUUGUCUUGUAGAUUUGUUGUCUUGUGGGAUUUUACAAAUCGAUGUGUAAUGCUACAUAUUUAUAUGGUUGUUUUUGUGUAAAUAAGUACAUGAUUUAUUGUAAUGUAAGAUAUGCUAUGCUUGCUAUAUGUUGGUUUGUAUAUAUAUAUAUGUAUAUAUGAAUGUAUAUUUUGUUUUAUUGUAAAUUAAGAUUUGCUUGGCUUG